AGUUUGUUCAAAUGCUUAAGAAGAGAACAAGAACACAACAGAAAAGAAAGGGAUAAAAGAAUUAAAACCAAAAAAAAAAGCCCAUUCUGCAGUUUGCCAGAUAUCUGAAAAGGAAAAAAGUUUCUGGAGUUCUGCAUUUUGAGACUCUGAUUCCCUUUUUAAGGGAUCAGAGGAUCAAUCAUCAAUCAUCAAUCAUCAAUCUCCUACCACUUGCCCAAGAGUUCUCUUCUUUUGCAUAUUAUUCUACAUUUUUUAUCUUAUCUGGGCUUUUUGUGUUUGAACUGGUGGUGGUAGGAGAACAAUCUUGGAACAUUUUUCCUAAAUGGGCUUUUGAAUAACACGGAUAAAACUUAAUAUAAAGAUUGGGUUUUUUUUUUCUUCUUCUGUUUCUUUUCUGUGAAUCUUGGGAAAAGGGGAAUGGCAGAAAUUGAAAGCAAGAUGACUGGAUGGCUUUAUCUUAUGCGCCAUAAUCGAUUUGGGCUACAGUAUUCACGUAAAAGGUAUUUCACUCUUGAAGACAACUGCCUCAAGAGCUUCAAAUCAAUCCCCGCUUCCGAGACAGAGGAGCCUGUUAGAAGUGCAAUAAUAGACUCCUGCAUUCGCGUCGUGGACAAUGGAAGAGAGACCCAUCACAGAAAAUUAUUUUUCACUUUCACCCUUUACAAUACUUCUAACCAUAAUGAUCGGCUGAAGCUCGGGGUGACAAGUUCAGAAGAAGCUGCUAGGUGGAUCCAUGCUUUACAGGAUACGGCACUUAAUCCUGGAAAAGAUUUCAUGUCUGAUUCUGUAAGAAAAUGGCAGCCUUUCAGCAUGAGUGUUAAGAGAAGAUCGUCAAACAAAAGGUCGGAUGUCAACUUGACUGCUGCAUCUUCUCUGCAUGUGAAUGCAAUGACAUCUGAUGUAAUAGCACCUUCACCAUGGAAAAUAUUUGGCUGUAAAGAUGGAUUACGUCUCUUCAAAGAAGCAAAAGACAGAGAUUCCAAUGGGAGGCAUUGGGACGAUCACCCAGCCAUAAUGGCAGUUGGCACCAUUGAUGCAUCUUCAGAAGCUGUUUUCCGUACCCUUAUGUCUCUUGGUACCUCAAGAACAGAGUGGGAUUUCUGUUUCUACAGGGGCAGUGUGGUUGAGAACCUUGACGGUCAUACGGAUAUAAUUCACAUUCAACUAUACAACCAUUGGCUGCCAUGGGCAAUGAAACGAAGAGACUUACUGCUGAGACGUUAUUGGAGAAGAGAAGAAGACGGCACAUAUGUGAUUCUCUACCACUCCGUGGUCCACAGAAAGUGUCCACCUCAAGACGGAUACAUCCGCGCUUGCCUUAAAAGUGGCGGAUAUCUGAUUACUCCUAUGCAGCAAGGUAAAGAAUGUGUCAUAAAACACAUGCUUGCCGUUGAUUGGAAGGUCUGGAGAUCAUAUCUUAAGAAAGAAUCCGCAAGAUCUAUUACCAUCCGUAUGCUCGGGAAAGUUGCAGCCUUGAGAGAGUUGUUCAAAGCAAAUGCAGGAAAUACUAGUCCUGAAUAUAUAACAGGAGAGCGGAAAAUAGAUAUGGCGCGUAAUCAUGAGAGUGGAAAGCAGGAGAUCAAUAGGAUACACAAUGAACCAGAAGAUGAGGUAAUGAGACUGCAAACAGUGAGUUCCAGUCUCACGGCCCUAAGUGAUGCAGCCGACGAAUUUUUCGACGUUCCUGAACCUUCAGAUGAUGAGGCAUUAGAGAAUGGGUGGACUUCGGAAAUGAGUCCAGAAAUAUCUUAUCUGGAUAAUUACCAGCCAAAAUUGUCGUCUGCUGCCAACUUUGUGAAGAAAUUGCAUGAUCUUGCAGUCCCGAAAAAGGGUUACACAGACUUGCAAGAUAUAUCUCGGGAAGAAGCUGUGUCGCCUUGCUAUGGUUGCACACUUCCGAAGGAUUCCAGUUUUAACAUGCCCUGCAGCUGGGCGACGGCUGAUCCUUCGUCGUUCCUUAUCCGUGGCCCUAAUUAUCUAGUAGACAAUCAAAAGGUCAAGGCAAAGGGCACUUUGUUGCAAAUGGUUGGUGCGGAUUGGCUAAGAUCUGAAAAGCGUGAAGACGAUAUUGCUGGCCGAUAUGGAAGCAUCGUCCAGAAAUAUGCGGCUUGCGGAGGAUCAGAGUUCUUUUUUGUCAUUAACAUACAGGUUCCGGGCACGUCCACAUACCACUUGGCUCUCUACUAUAUGCUAAAAUCUCCUUUAGAAGAGACGCCUCUGCUCGAGCGCUUUGUCAAUGGAGAUGAUGCUUUUAGGAAUUCUAGGUUCAAGCUCAUACCGUACAUUUCAAAGGGAUCUUGGAUAGUAAAGCAGAGUGUUGGGAAAAAAUCUUGUUUGAUAGGUCAAGCACUUGAAGUCAAUUAUUUCCGAGGGAAGAACUACUUGGAGCUCGAUAUCGAUGUUGGCUCAUCAACUGUGGCAAGGGGUGUAGUCAGCCUCGUCCUUGGAUACCUCAACAACCUCGUCAUAGAAAUGGCGUUCAUGAUACAGGGCAACACUGCGGAUGAGCUGCCAGAAUUCUUGCUCGGAACGUGUCGUCUUAACAACCUAGACGUGUUGAAGUCUGUUUGUACUGACUCGAUGCGUAUGAGCUAGACAAAAGUACUAGAAAGAUCAGAUAAGUUUGAGGAUGAAAUGAAGAGGAUGGAAUAACAGGAAACCUUAAACUGAUUCAUGAAUAGUGAUUCUUUUUCUGUCCUACCUUUUUGAGGAUAUAUAUAUAUAUGUAUAUAUGUAUAACAUACAUGUAUGUAUAUAGUUUUGAUCUACUCUUGAGAGUGAGAGUGAGAGUGAGAGUGGAGGAUAGAAGAGCUCUAAUUUUUUGGGAAGAUGAAGUUUAUAUUUUUCUUAUCAUUAUUAUUCUUUUUAUUCAUUCUUUGUAAUGUGUAGUUAGUCACUAUUGAAUCUUGUUGUAACACCAGUUUUAGUGCAAGAGGAAUCAUUUAUAUAAGUUUAUUAA